AUGACAGAACUCACGACUAUGGGAUUGAAAAUCCUUUACACUUUAGAGAACGGUUCAGCUGGAAGUUAUUUAGCGAGGUCCAAGAAAUCAUAUCAAGUAAGAGUAGCUAAUAUUCCAAAUCCAAUUGAUCCUAAUGAAGCUAAUUUAAAAAUUGGUGUUAUUGAUCUUUCUAUUGUCCUAAAAGAAAUGUCACUAAACUCGCCUGAAGUAUUUGAUUGUAAUAAUAACGCCAAGUUGGGUCACGAUUAUAAUUUAUAUUUCAAGGAUAUUUGUGAAAGUGAUGAACCGUUGGUUAGUCUUGGUUUACUUUCUGAGAUAAAACAAAAAUUAAAUAAGGAAGACAAUUCAAGAAAUGAUGAUAACGACAAUGAAAACGAUGAAAACAAUGAAGACGAAGAAGAUGAUGAUUCUUCAAUUGUUACUGGUAGAGUGUCCAGUAAUUUUUCAGCUUUAUUGAGAAGAUCGUAUAGCAAUUUAUCCAAGAAGAAUUCGAAAGGUAAGGAUAUAAAUGCUGCGCCUGAGACUCUAGAAGUCAAAAUAAGAUUAUCUAAAGUUAUAAAAGUGAUACAUCCAACAACAACGACGAUAUCAACCACCACCACUAAUUCAAGAAGACCCAGCAUUGGUUUUGAUUCGUCUUCUAAAAUGUUUGCUCCAAAGCAUGAAAACAGAUCCAUUGUUAGUGGUAAAAUGCCUCGUCCUGCAAAGAUAUUGAAACCUAUGAAAAGACAGACUAAUCCAAUGCCAGCUCCAAAAGCUAAAAGAACUCAAUCUUUACCGAUCUGGAAUUUGAAACAACCCACCACUGGUCUUCCUAAAAACUCUAUUGCUCAUAAGAUAUAUAUGGCAGAUCGAAAAACCGAAUAUAUUCAACAAAAUUUCAAACAGCCGCAUAAUUAUCAUAACAAUGGUAAUAAUAAUAAUACUAAUGCUAGUAAUAACACCAAUUUAACUUAUGAAAUAAAUACAUUACAACAUGAUAAUUCCAUUCAGAAAGUUGAAGUUGAUGAUUCUAUAAGUAAAAGAUUUGAUUUCAUGUUGAAUAAGAAAAAAUCAUCUCCACCAUCCAUCAGUAAGUUCAGUACCACUACACCACCACCAAAGAACUCCAGCUUCACUUCUACUUCAAAAAUACGAAAGAACCAAACUUCAAAGAAUAGAUCAAGCAAAAAUAAAACCAAAACCAUAGCACAUAAUAAUCAUUUACUCAAGAAUAUGGAAUUGAAGGAACCAAUUAUAGAAGAAGACUUAACCAUUGAACAACUUCUGAAUCGCAAUAACCACCCUGCAUUGCAACCUAUUGAGAAAUUAGAAUCUAAUGAAAAUGAUUGUAAUAAAGAAAAUGUACCCCCUCCACCGUCUACAACUUCUAAUUUAGAUUUAGGAGAUUUAUUGAAUUUCUCAGGAAUGUCAUGGUUAAAUGAUGAUGAUUUCAGUCCAUUUGAUCCAUCACUAAUUCAGCAAGAAAUAACACCCCCCUCCAACUUAUUACCACUAAAUCAUCAAUCCAAACAACAACCGCAAAACGCUAACACUACCCCAAAAGAUCCUAAUACUUGUAACACGAUACCUAUUGAAGACCAAGAAAAUGAAUCAUCACCAAAUAAUAAUAAACUGGCAUCUAAUGAGAAUGAUAAAAAUAACAACAACAAUAGUAAUACUAAUAAUAAUAAUAUGUUAAUAUUAACGAGCGAUAUAGAAAGGACAUCCCCAAUAGACACACUAUCGAUGCCUCUAAUGGAUUUAAACCAGAGACAAACUCAUGGAGAUAUAGUUACUACAUGUCAUGAUCAAUUGAAAAGAUUACCAUUACUAAUGCAUAAGAUCGUCACCGAUAAGAAUAAGACAUCAUCAUCAUCGUUAUCAGUGACACAUGAUGAGAAUGCCACUUCUGUUUUGAUGAAAUUUUGUACCCCUCAAGAACAAGAACAAGAUGAUGAAGAUGAUGAUGAACGGAGUAUAACUAGGAAGGGAACCAUGCCUUCAUCUCCUAGUGGGAUGAUGUUCAACUAUAAGAAUGGUGUCCAUGAUGAUGACGUUGACGAUGAUGAAAAUGAUAGGAGUUCUAAACGUGGAGGAGAUGAUUCGGACGAUUUAUUUUCUUCAUUUGCGAUGGAAGGUGGUCAUCAAAGAGGCAUUAGUAGUGGGAACGUUACUACACCUGUUACUCAGUUUAAUGAUGAUCAUUCUAAAUAA